AUUCACUACGUCACCUACGACGUAGCUGGCAAAUUGCCCGUGCUCACUACGACGGGAGACAAAAUCAGAUGCUACGUCGUACGCCUCAGCGAUCUCUUCUCGUCGUUACGCCUGCUGAAUCCACGCGCUGUCUGGACAGACCUAUGUCUGCGGACAGCCUUGACUCGACCCAACAAUCUGAAUAGCUGAUUCCGAUGCAUUGGAUCUCGAAAGACCCCUCUGUACAUGGAUUGCCUUGUUGCCAUUGUGACGAGCGCAUCGAUGACGCCAUCCAUCCUGAAAACAAACGCGCUGAUCUUCUGCCACGUCUCGGAUCAUGAAGGGCUUUAUACUAGCCUACGGGUGCAUAGCCAUCAUCGUCCCAGCUCGGACAGAGAUCAUCAGAGGACAAUGUCACCCGAAGAACGAGGCUUUCACGUUUACGCGGUCGAUGGUGUCCACUCCUGUUAUGCGAGUUGCUGCAUCUCAGCUCACAGACGCGGCAGGUGAGCUCAGACCGGCAGAUGAGUGGGCCAAGUGUGCUUGGCGCGGCCAUUGGUGCAUUGCCAGAGGGCUUUACUCCUUUGUCACUGCCGACGAGGCAGGCAAGCUGCCGCUGAUGACAACGGUCGGCCGACGGGUCUUCUGUCAGCGCUCUGCCGUCUGUGGAUCAAAGAAUAUCCUUCCUUAGGAUGUAACAAUACAUGACAUUCAGUGGC